UGGGCGGAAACACUGCGCAUGCGGGGAGGUCGAGCGCGCGGGCGACGGGACGCAAGGCGCAUGCGCCCCUGGCUUGGGCGAUGCCCCCGCCCUUUUUUUUUUUUUUUUUUUCUCACGGCAGGUAAUAGGCGACCUCUUUUUCCCUCUCGCCCCGCCCACUCUACCCCUCUCCCGUCAGGGGCGUUGCCAUGGCGACCCAGAGGCCACAACCGGAGGGUGGCGGGCUGGUCUCCUCUGCGGACCUGGCGGCGGCGACAGUGGCAACUCAUGGAGGUUUCAAGAAACUCCGUGGAGGAGACCCGGAAGCGGACGGGCCUCGGCCGUUGCAGGCAUUUCUUCUGGCUGGGCGUCGCCUUCGACACGGUGGGCGCGACCGUGCUGUUCACCGGGGUCUUCGCGCGCCUGGUCUUCUGCGACCUGCUGCUCUACCUGGGUUCCAUCAUCAUCUUCCUCAGCCUGCUGUGGUGGGUCUUCUGGUACACCGGCAACAUCGAACUGACUGCGGAAGAGCCCUCGAAGAGGCCCUUCCACGUGCUCUCCUCCACCAUGGUGGACGCGCUAAGCCAGACGGUCAGCCACCGCUUCUCUCUCACCAUCUGCAACGUGUCCCGCAACUUGAGGGGCUUCCGGCGGCGCUGCAGCCGCAGGAGGUUCCUUAAGACCGUUGCUUCUCUGGAUAUGACCGUCACGGGCCAGCUCGAAAACCGGCUGGAGGAGGAGGACCAGGACAAAGACGCGACGCAAAGUGUCCAGGAGAGCGGCGACGCGCAAGACCUGCGCGGAGAGGACCUGGGCCCCAAACCUGAACCGGUCGGAAGUUCCGAGGGAGUUCGCUCCCCAGGCCCUGGGGCCGGGCUGCCAGGGUUCGUGAAGGGAUCGUCAUCCACGCAUCUGGGGCCGCCUGAGUUCGUUGUGUCUCCUCCCGACCGGCCUCGGGCCCCAGCCGUCCUCCCCUUCAGGAGCCAGCACGGAGUCCCCUGGCCCUCCGCCCGCCAGCCUCCAGCUGUGCGUUCUUUGAGGAUCCAGCCUGCAGUCAGUCUUGCCACUGCGGGUCAGCCUGCCGCCUCCUUGGCUUCCGGCAGUCAGGCUGCGCCCAUCCUGGCUUCUAAGAGUCUGCCCGCUGUCCCCUCGACCUCCAUGAGUCAACCUGGACUCGUCCCUGCCUCUCAGAGCCAGUCCUUGGUGUCUCUGCCAACGCAGAGCCAACCCUUGGUGCCCAUGGCCACUCAGAGCCACCUCUUGGUGCCCGUGGCCUCUCAGGGUCAUCCCCUGGUGCCAGCAUCUGCGCAGAGCAACCUCCAGGCCCUUUUGGCCUCUCAAAGCUACCAGCUGUUGUCUGCAGCCUCACAGAGCCACCUCCAAGCCCCCCUAGCCUCACAGAGCCAGCCUGAGAAUCUUUCUCUGGUCUCUGAAACUACAUCUCCAGUUGCUCUGGCUCCCCAAGCCCAGGCCCUGAGCACCCCUGUGUCUGUGAUCCAGCUUCUGUCAUCCCAGUCUUUUCAGAACCAAACUGUGGACCUGCGGCUCUCCCUUGCUGUCCCGGACUUUCAGGCCCUGUGUCACACCCGGCAGGACCCCCAGAGCAUCAUGUCUUUAGUUCGAGAGAUGACUCCCAGCCAGUCUGCGUCGGCCCAGGAGUUUCAGAAGCCAGUUGCACAGGCUUCUGAGACUCCACUGCCAGUGAGCCAGGAGCUGAGUCAGGAACCCCCUGCCACCGCAUCUCCACCCCCUGGGUCCCAGGCCCAGCAGUCAGUGCCCCCUGAGAACACACCUGUCCCUGCCUCAGAGACGAGAAGUCACCCUCCCUAGUACAGAACCAGACCCCAGCCAUCCGAGUGGCUGCUCAGGCCUUUGCCAAAAUCACCAGUGUUUCUACAGACUUAAGUGCCAACUUUAUAAAA